UGCAGAGAGAAUAACAACAAAUGAUACGGAGAAUGUUAUGAAAGCUUCAGGCAUUGUACAACAAGAGUCUGGGGGAACUUCCUGCAAAAUGAAAGAGGUUACAUAAGUUAAACUCUAUGGAGUGUGCGCACGGUGGAAACCGAAGUUCAUUCGAGUAACGUCAGUCGUGCAUGUUUUUAUUUGUGUUGCAACUAAAGUUCCUGCAGCCUGUUACGAGCAUGGCCAACAAGCGAAAAGGGUCAGUUGAUGCCGCCGCAAAAAAAGAUAGCAAGAAAUGUAAGCAGGUCACAAAGGGGAAAGAGCAAGAGACUGUUAAAAAAUCAGCAAAAAAGAUUACAGAGGAUGGGCGCCCUAAAGGUGAAGCUCCGAAGGCAGUAGCCGCAAAGAAAAGCGCGACCAACUGUAAAAAAGUGCCUGGGGCUGCUGCUAAAACUUCAAAAGCGACGAGUAAACGCCACAGAGCGACCAAGGGAGUCAAAGAAGAGCCUGCACAUAUAAAAGAAGAAGAUGAUGAUGAUGAAAAAAAUCGGCACGUGCAGCCCAGACAGGAGGAAGGCAGCAGUCAGGCUGGCUGGGGUCGUGAGGGAGCCGCGGUGAUGGUGAAGAAAGAGGAGACGGACGAAGACGAGGAGAGUGAUGAGGACUGGGAAGAUGUUGAAGAACUCAAUGAGCCUAUGUGUUCUUCCCUGGGCCCCUCAGAGCCAGCUCUGCCCUCUCAGCCUGUGGAGAUAGAGAUUGAAACCCCUGAGCAAGCCAAGAAGAGACAGAGAAGGGAGAGAAGAAAGGCAGAGUUUGAGACGUACCUUCGCCGGAUGAUGAACCGCUUCACCAAGGAUGUGCUCACAGAUACCCAUAAAGUUCACCUGCUGUGUCUGUUGGCCAACGGUUUCUUUCGGAACAGAGUGUGCAGCGAACCUGACCUGCAGGCUAUUGCCCUGUCAGUGGUGCCCAAUCACUUCACCCGAGUGACCCCGGAGAAGGCUGAUGUCACCUUCCUCUCCAAUCUGGUCAAGUGGUUUACCAAGACCUUCACCCUGAACCCAGAGCUGUCAGACGAUGACGGUGUGAGUCGACAGGCUACUCUAGAGGGGAGGUUUGGGAUGUUCUCUGCCCGGGACCAUGAAGAAAUGACCCAUCUGUUCCUAAUCAUUCUACGGGCAUUGCAGUUCUUCUGCCGUCUCGUGCUUUCACUCCAGCCCAUUCCACUGAAGGGACCCCCAAACAAGAGUAAGUCUAAGACUUCAAGCAGCACUUCUCUGGAGAGCCCUCCAUCAGCUGGGAAAACCAAGUCUUCUGGGAAGAGUCUGGCACAAAAGGCUGGGAAAAUGGAGCAGGAAGUGGAAUCCAUAUGUGAUGAUGAGAACAACAACAACAGUAGUAUCAGCAAGGCAGAGAGUCGUAUUGCUGGGGCAAAGAGACCAGUCAGUCAGAAGGCCAGGUCUGGCAAAGGGGCAAAGAAACUGAAACCAGAAGAAGAUGCUGGUAGCAGCUGUAGUGAAAAGCAAGGGGUGAAAAAGGAAGCGUCGCAGAAGCCCAAGAAUGAACGUCGGAGGAAGGUGGCCUCCAAAAUCAACUACAAGGAGGACAGCGAGGAUGAGGACGACAGCGCCUCGGAAUUCGAGCUCUCGAGCGAUACGGAGAGCAGUUACUCUGAAGGUGAAGAGCAUGGAAGGAGGAGGAGCUCAACAGGCAAACGACAAGUGCCACAGUCUCGGACAAAGAUCAGCCAGGCCGGGAGAAACAAAAGUCAGGCAGGGAAAGCUGGCAAGAAAGCAACGCAGAAGGAGAAGGAGACUCUGGGCAGCGAUAACGAAGAUAUCAAAGAGACCGGCCAGACUGGCAUCAAAGGUACAGACCAGUGGCUGGAGGUGUACCUCGAGGAAUCUGGAAAGUGGGUUUGUGUAGACUGCGUGAGGCCUGCUGUGGCCCUGCCGCAGCUCUGUUACAAACAGGCCACCAAACCUGUAACGUACGUCGUAGGGAUUGACAACGGUGGCUUUGUCAAGGACCUCACCAAGAGGUAUGACCCCACAUGGAUGACCUCCACCAGGAAACGCAGAGUGGAUGAGGAAUGGUGGGAGGAAACCCUGGAGAGCUAUAAGAGCCCUUUCACCGAGAGGGAUGAGAAAGAGGAUAUGGAGCUUCAGGCCAAGCUCUUGGAUCAGCCUUUGCCCACUGCGAUCUCGGAGUACAAGAGUCACCCCCUUUAUGCACUCAAGAGGCACCUGCUGAAGUACGAAGCCCUUUACCCGCCAACUGCUGCUAUUCUAGGGUACUGCCGAGGGGAGGCAGUGUACUCCAGGGACUGCGUGCACACGCUGCACUCCAAAGACACCUGGUUGAAGGAGGCACGGGUGGUGCGACUUGGGGAGGUGCCCUACAAGAUGGUCAAGGGGUUUUCGAAUCGUGCUCGCAAGGCCCGGCUCCUGGAAGCCGAGAACCGUAACAAGGUUGACCUCCCGCUGUUUGGCCACUGGCAGACCGAAGAGUAUCAGCCACCGGUGGCUGUGGAUGGCAAGGUCCCACGAAAUGAAUAUGGCAACGUGUACCUCUUCAGGCCCUGCAUGCUGCCCAUCGGCUGUGUCCACCUGCAGGUCCCCAACCUGCACCGCGUCGCCAGGAAACUAAACAUCGACUGCGCCCCCGCUGUCACCGGCUUCGACUUUCAUUGCGGGUUCUCACACCCCGUGAUUGAGGGCUACGUGGCAUGUGAGGAGUACAAAGAGGUGCUUCUGGCAGCCUGGGAGAAUGAGCAGGCAGAGUUAGAGAAGAAAGAGAGAGAGAAACGAGAGAAGAGAGUGCUCAGCAACUGGACCCUGCUGGUGAAGGGCCUGCUAAUAAGAGAGCGUCUGAAGCGCCGCUAUGGAAAGCAGAGCGUUGCAGAGGCUCAGUCAGGAGAGGCGAACGUGGAAGGGGAUGGGUUCUCCUCUGAGGAAGAAGAAGCUGGCUCCCUGACAGCAGCCACUGACCUGACCGGCUCUUGGCCACAGAACAGGCAGGCGGGCCAGGAGGACGUUGUCGUCAGGAAAUCCAAGCGUGAGAGGAGAGGCCAACAGAAACACCUCUUCCCCUUUGAAAAGAUCUGAAAGGCAAGUCUGAGAUGUUGCCAUUUCUUGAAAUGGCCCAGAACACUUGCCACCUUCUGCUAAAUGUCUUUUCUGGACUGUGUGAGGCAAGACCUUGCUUCUGGGCCUUGACAAAUCUGACCUAAAGAGUAAGCAUCUACUGUACAAUCCCAGUACAGUGUUACUGGGCAACAUUUACAGCUGAUACCUGCUUUUUAAACAGACAUUUAAAUACAUUUCAUAUACAGCAAGGCAAAACAAUGUUAAUAAUUGGUUAUUUUAAAGAAAAGUAUUAUUCAAAGUGGAAUCAGUACCAUGUUAAAGACAAAACUGCAUUUGGUUUAACUCUCAGCUUCAUUUGUAAAGCUGAUGGUGAUAGUAGGCAGUGAUGAGCCUGCAGUUGUAGUUAUUUUUUUCACUGUUGUUUAUGUACCAAUUAGAAGUUAUGGUCUGUAGAUUUAUGAUUGUGUAAUUGAAAUUUUACUAAAUGAAUGUUAAUAAAUAAACAAUAUUUUUUUCUAACACCAAACAAUUUCAAUUUUGAAAUUGAAAA